AUGCCCCUAGGGCCCCGCCCAGGGGUGAUGAAGCCAUCAAGGACCCUCCCAUGGGCUCUGGCACUCCAGAGGCCCUACCAGGGGCUUCCCCUCCUGGGACCUCUCAGGGGUGGUGGCGCACUUAAGGGUCCUUCCAGAGUUGGAGGCGCCCACAGGGGCCCUCCCAGGGACGGCGAUUCCUCCAGGGGCCCUCUCAUGGGGGACCUGCUAGGUGCGGCGGCGCCUCCAAUUGAAUUCCCAGGGGCGGUGGCACCCCCGGUGGCCCUCCCAAGGGCGGGGUCGCCCCCAGGGUCCGUCCCAAUGACGACCGCGCCCCCAGGAGGCCUCCCAGGGGCAGUGUGGACCCUCCUAGGGACGGUGGGGAACCUCCCAGGGGCGGUGGCGCACCUAAGGGUCCUCGCAGGGAGACCUGCUUGGUGCGGUGGCGUCCCCAGGGGGCCUCCCAGGGGCGGUGGGAGCUCUCCCAAGGGUGUUGGCACACCCAAGGGUACUCCUAGGGUUGGUGGUGCCCACAGGGGCCCUCCCAGGGGCGUUGCCGACCCCAGGUGCCUUCCAAGUGAUGGUGGGGCCCCCAAGGGCCCUUCAAGGGCGGCGGGGGCCCUCCCAGGAGCAUUAGCAACUUUAAGAGUCAUCCCACGGACGGCAGCGCCCCCAGGUGCCAUUCUAGGGGCGGCGACGCUCUCAGGGACCCUCCCAGACCUGGCGAAAAUCCUAUGGGCCCUCCCAUGUACGGCAGAGGCCCUCCCAGGGGCGGUGGUGCCCACAGGGACCCUCUCAGGGGUGAGGGUUUCCCCAGAGGCCCUCCUUAGGGGCAGCAGUGCCCCCAGGUCCUCUCCCAGGGGCACUGAUGCCCCCAGGGUCCCUCCCAGUGGUGGAGACCUGCGUGGUGCGGUGGCGCCCCCAGGGGACCUCCCAAGGGCGGCGGCGGUGCCCAUGAGGACUCAUAGAGGAAGCAAGGAUCCAUACCACAUGCGGCAGAGCCCCCACGUCCUUCCCAGGGGCAGUGAAAACCCCAGAGGCCAUCCCAUUAGCGGCGGGACCCUCACAAGGGCGAUGGUGCCCCCAGGGGAAGGGGAAGCCCCCAGGGGAACUUCCGGGGUGGUAGCGCCUCCAAGGAAAUUCUCGCGGGGGGUAGCGCCCCCAGUUGGAUUCCCAAGGGCGGCGUCGCACCCAGGGUCCAUCCCAGUGGCAGCAGCGCCCCCAGGGGGCCUCCCAGGGGCGGCGGGAGCUCUCCCAGGGAUGUUGGCACACCCAAGGGUACUCCCAGUUGGUAGCGCGGCCCCCUGGGGCGUUUCAAUAGCAGCGGGGGCCAUCCCAGGGGCAUUGGCAGCUUUAAGAGUCAUCCCAAGGACGGCAGCGCCCCCAGGUGCCACUCUAGGGGCGGCGACGCCCUCAGGGACCCUCCCAUGCCUGGCGAAAAUCCUAUGGGUCCUUCCAUGUAUGGCAGAGUCCCUCCCAGGGGCGGUGGCGCCCACAGGGAUCCUCUCAGGUGCUAGGGCUUCCCCAGAGGACCUCCUUAGAGGAAGCAGCGCAGCCCCAGCUUCUCUCCAAGGGGCGCUGAUGACCCCAGGGUCCCACACAGGGGUGGAACCUGCUAGGUGCGGCGGCGCCUCCAAGGAAAUUCUCAGGGGCGGUGGCACCCCCAGUGGUCUUCCCAAGGGCAGUGUCGCCCCCAGGGUUCCUCCCAAUGACGACGGCGCCCCCAGGAGGCCUCCCAAGGGCAGUGGGGACCCUCCGAGGGGCGGCGGGGGACCUCUCAGGGGCGGUGGUGCACUUAAGGGUCCACCCAGGAUUGCAGGCGCCCACAGGGGCCCUCCCAGGGACGGCGAUUCUUUCAGGGGCCCUACCAAAGGAGAACUGCUUGUUGCAGUGGCGCCAAGAGGGGACCUCCCAGAGGUGGCGACGCUGCCCAUGAGGACUCAUAGGGGCGGCAGUGAUCCUCACCAGGGGCGGCAGAGCCUCCACCUCCCUCCCAGGGGCACUGAACACCCCAGAGGCCUUCGCAUUAGUGGUAAGUCCCUCACAAGGGCGAUGGUGCCCCCACAGGAAGCAGAAGCCCCCAGGGGACCUCCCAGGGGUGGUAGCGCCUCCAAGGAAAUUGUUACGGGUGGUGGCACACCACGUGGCCCUCCCAAGAGCGGCAUCGACCCCAGGAUCCCUCCCAGUGGCAGAGGCGCCCCCAGGGGGCCUCCCGGGGGCGGCGGGAGCUCUACCAGGGGUGUUAGCACACCCAAGGGUACUCCCAGGGUUGGUGAUGCUCACAUAGUUCCUCCCACGGGCAUUUUAAUCCCCAGGGGCCCUCUAAGAGGUGGCGUUGCCCCUCCCAAGGGCAUUGGCCACUUUAAGAGCAAUACCAGGGACGCUAGCGCCCCCAGGUGCCAUUCUAGGGGCGGCGACGCCCUCAGGGACCCUCCCAGGCCUGGCGAAAAUCCUAUGGGCCCUCCAGGGGUCCCUCCCAAUGACGACGGCGCCCCCAGGAGGCCUCCCAAGGGCAGUGGGGACCCUCCCAGGCGCGAUGGGGGACCUCUCAUGGGCGGUGGUGCACUUAAGGGUCCUCCCAAGGUUGGAGGCGCUCACAGGGGCCCUCCCAGGGACAGCGAUUCCUUCCCGGGCCCUCUCAGCGGUGCGGUGGCGCCACCAGGGGCCCUCCCAGGGGCAAAGUCGUCCCCAGAGGCCCUCCUUAGGGGCAGUAGGACCGCCAGCAGCUCUCACACGGUCACUGGCGUCCCCAAGGCCUCUUCCAGGGUCGGUGGCGCCAUCAGGGGCCCUCUUUUGGGCAGUGGCGCCUCAGCUGCCCUACCAGGGGCUUCCCUUCCUGGAAACCCUAUAGCUUGCUUGGUUAUGGUGCCCGCCUCCAAGGAAAUUGUUACGGGUGCUGGUACCCCCAGUCGCGCUCCCAAGGGCGGCAUCGACCCUAGGAUCCCUCCCAGUGGCAGCGGCGCCCCCAGGGGGCCUCCCACGGGCGGCGGGAGCAAUCCCAGGGGUGUUGGCACACCCAAGGGUACUCCCAGGGUUGGUGGUGCUCACAUAGGCCCUCCCAGGGGGGUUUCAAUCAACAGGGGGCCUCUAAGAGGUGGCGGGGCCCCUCCAAGGGGCAUUGGCCAAUUUAAGAGCAAUCCCAGGGACGUUAGCGCCCCCAGGUGCCAUUCUACGGGCGGCGACGCCGUCAGGGACCCUCCCAUGCCUGGUCAAAAUCCUAUGGACCCUCCCAGGGGCAGCGGUGCCUACAGGGACCCUGUCAUGGGCGAGGGCUUCCCCACAGGCCCUCUUUAA